AUGUGGCGAGACCGCACUAAUUUAUACAUCUCAUACCGUCAAUCCUUCGCCCACCACCCCUCAAAAAAGCCGCGAUAUCUCGGAGCUUGGAAUAACAAUGCGGACUCGUCGUCGAUAUCAGAAGAGCGUCGCGGACUUAUGUCCGGCGGCGGAUUUGAAGAUGACGGCGAUGCCAUCAUUGAAAUGGACCUCCUUCCACCCCGAUGGGUCGAUAUCCAAGACGAAGUGACUGAAAUAUUGGCCGGAAUCGCCCAGAAGUCUGCCCGGUUGGAUAAACUCCAUCAGAAACAUGUUUUGCCCGGAUUUGGAGAUGAGGAUGCCAGAAAGGAAGAGGAAGGUGUGAUUGAACAAUUGACGCAGGAUAUCACCCGGGCUUUCCACGAUUGCCAGCGCGCGAUCCAGAGAAUCGAGGCGAUGGUCAAUGUACAGAAGCAACAGGGAGGAGUUAGCAAGGGGGAUGAAACGAUGGCGAAAAAUAUUCAGAUAUCACUUGCCGGGAGGGUUCAGGAAGCCAGCGCCGGCUUUAGAAAAAAGCAAAGCACAUAUCUGAAAAAAUUACGGAGCUUGGAUGGAAUGACACCGCUGGAGCGGUCUGCAACGCCUGUACAAAACCCAUAUAUGGAUCCCUCCCUAAUAGAGUCUGAUGCCGACAAAUCCUACUCACAAUCAACCCUCCUCCAAACAUCCCAGAAGCAAUUACAGACCAAUGAUGCCGUCAUACUCCAGCGCGAGCGCGAAAUCAAUGAUAUCGCGAGGGGAAUUAUAGAAUUAUCUGAUAUUUUCCGUGACCUACAAGCCAUGGUUAUAGAUCAGGGCACUAUGCUCGACCGCAUCGAUUUUAAUGUCGAGCGGAUGAACGUAGACGUAAAAGCGGCGGAUAAGGAACUGACAGAUGCAACCAGCUACCAAAAACGCACCACGAAACGCAAAAUUCUUCUCCUCCUAAUCCUCCUCGUCGUGGGCAUGUUUAUCCUCCUCCUUGUAAAACCCAAACGAAGCAGCAACUCAUCCCAGAACCCUCAGCGGAACAACCAACGAAAGAAACUAUUCCCAAAGACAAAACAUUCAGCGGUGUCAUCGGUCCGGGCGGCCUAG